AUGCUUCGAGAGGCCAAGCAAGCCACCCAUCACAUCUUCAUCAAGAAAAUUGUCGGCAUACUGUUUUCGCAAAUUCGAAAUGUGGACAACGUUAUAAAGACAACCAUGGUUUACGCGAAGAUUUUGACCAAGGCAUCUCGUGCUACUCUCUUCUUGUUGGAUAACAAGAAACAGGAGUUAGUUUCGUCCAUUUUCGACAUGGGCGACCUCAACAAACCGAAAUUUAUGUCAGUUAACCAGAUCCGAAUCUCCGUGGAGAAGGGAAUUGCUGGCUAUGUGGCGCGAACUGGGAACCCUCUUAUCACAAAUAAUCCGGAAUCCAAUGAACACUUCUACGAGGCUGUUGAUCGGGAAUCUGGCUACAAGACUAAAAACAUAAUUGCUGUCCCUAUCAAAGUCGACGGCCAGUGA